AUGUAUAAGAGUGUAACUAAUGCUACUGUCGAAAAUGUUAAGGUUGUUCCACCUGGUAAACGGAUCACAAUAUUGAGCGAUAUCACUCAGUAUUCUGACCAACACAGUCCAUCGACUUCUGCUACUAUUAAGAAGAGCAUUCGUAAAACUGUUAAAUACCUUAGUUUUCGGGAACUGCACAAUUUAAGAAGUCAAUGGCAGAAUGAAUUAAAGAAAUUAAAGAUCAAGAAGAGUGGAAGUGGCCAAGAUGAUCUUUAUAAAUCUAAUUGGGGUUAUUUCGAGUCUCUUAAGUUUUUGGAUAUGGGCAGCGCACCCAGUACUGAUGCCUUGUGCCAAACGCAAAACUUCGUGUUUAAUAUGUGUCGCCGCAGUAAGAUAAUUGAGUUGGCUUUAGCUAAAAGUGAAAUAACUAACAGCAAUGCUGAGGAAAACACAACAAGUCACAAUGACAGAGUCGUUCCGGUGAAUGAACAAUUAAUGUUGAACAUGCCACCAGUUUUUGUAGAAACAGGUGAUGAGUUGUUAAAUUUUAAAUAUAACCUCCGACAACGUACUCCGGUGAAAAUACAGAACAAUCUCUCAAUAUUUAAUGGAACAGAAGAGGUUUACUCACCAGUAGUUUCGGAAUACCUACCGCCUAUAGAAAACGGCUCUUCAGUUUUAACACCAGAUGCUGAUACAGAAUCAUUAAAAGAGCAAGAUAUAGAAAAUUAUAAAAAUCACGAAAUCGAGGAUGCUUUGCAGGAAACAGUUCAAAACGUAAAAGAGCAUUAUAUACUGCUGGUCGAGGGACAGCCUACCGCGUCAACAUACCAAAAUUCUUUUUUAUCACCUAAUGCCGUCAUAGAACUAGUUGAAGAAAACGUUGAAGAAAAUUGCAGAAAUGAACAAUACAAAAUGAUUUACAGGAAAAUGAAGACCAAAGGUAUUCACUGUUCACAGAGUUUUGGGAAUUGGGCGAUCACAAUAAACAAGUUCUAUUUCCGACGACAAGCGACGUCGCCAUGGUACACGAAAAAAUGCGAUACCGGACCAGGUAAAAGAAUCCAUCCGGAACCACAUUUCACAAAUGCUAAUAAACAUGUUGUGAGGGCAUUGAAGGAUUUUGAUAAACGCCGGGCUGAACAAUCGGAUACUGUUGUAGCCGCUUGUUACGAUUUGCAAAAAGUAUUGAAUACCCCACAAUCAGAAGUAUCACUUUUUUAUUACAAAAGAAAACUAGCUACCUACAAUUUCACCAUAUUUGAUAUGGGCAAACAUUUGCUGCAGCAGAAAACUGUUGCGCUUCGAGCAUCAAAACGAAGAUGUAUUAAAGAGAUUCAAAGUGAUUGUAUAAAAGAAUUGGCUAAGACUAUUGCAAAGGCUUAUAGUGCACCUAUGCCUAUAACAUUGGCGAAAUUUAAAGAUCUAAUUUGA